GUCUCGCACAGACCUGAGAGAGAGAGAGAGAGGAGAGGUGGCAGCGAGAGGGACAAAACCCUUCCCCGUCGCCGUCCGCCUCGCGCCGCCGGCGAUCCAGCCCGCCGGGCUCGGCUCCGAGGUCGUUCCACACCGACCCGUCCUCCCCGCCCCGUCGGAGAUCCGGGCCGCCGGAGCCGCCCCCGGUCUAGGUUCGGGGCUCGCUGCCCCCACCGCCGCCUCCGGCCCAGGGUUUUGGAGCUGCCGGGUCUCAAAUCGCGGAGGUAUCAGGCUUGACAUUUGACUGGCAGAAUUUAGCAAGUUUUAGCAAUGGGUUUUGAUAAUGAGUGUAUCUCGAAUAUUCAAUCCCUUCCUGGUGAAUAUUUCUGCCCUGUUUGCCGGACACUCGUAUAUCCCAAUGAGGCUGUACAAACUCAGUGCACACAUCUCUAUUGCAAACCCUGCUUGACUUAUGUAGUGGCAACCACCAAAGCUUGCCCUUAUGAUGGCUACUUGGUGACAGAAGCUGAUUCCAAGACCCUGAUGGAAUCAAAUAAAACCCUUGCUGAGACAAUUGGCAAAGUCACAGUCCAUUGCCUGUAUCAUAAGAGUGGCUGCCAAUGGCAUGGAACGCUAUCUGCCUGUGUCACACAUGGUACUACUUGUGCAUAUGGGAACUCCCCUGUUAUUUGUAAUCGUUGUGGGACACAAAUCGUGCAUCGCCAAGUGCAAGAGCAUGCUCAACUCUGCCACGGCUUACAAUCUCAAACUCAACAAGCUGAUGGUACUCAAGCACAGCCAGUGGCAGCAACUCAGGCAGUCAUCCAAGAUCCAUCACCUGCCUCAGCAGGAUCUGCUGCAGCUACAGCCACAACCCUGCCAUUUUCAAGUACAGCCACAGCUGUAACAGAUUAUGCAUCAGCAACAGGAGGGGCAGCUACAUCAGGUUCUGCUUCACAAACUCCUACAGCUCAGCAGUCUUACCAGCUACAGCAGCUCCAAUACUCACAGUACUACCAGCAGCAGCACCCUGGAAGCAACCCUUACAUGCAGCAAUAUCAGCAGUAUGGCCAAUACCAGCAGGUGUAUCAGCAAUAUCCGCAACCUCCAUUGCAAGUACUGUCCCAGAACAUGAUGCAAGGAUCUGCACAACCUGCUUCAUAUGUUCAGCCUCAAGUGCAGUCCACCCAAUCACAGUACAUGAUGCAAUCCCAACCCCAAAGUCAGCCCCAGCUGCAACCAUCGACAGGUCAUCCACAGCUUCAGCAGCAUCCAGUUCAAUCCCAACCCCAAAGUCAGGCCCAUCUUCCCCAUCUUCAAGUACCUGCAGGUCAGUCACAGCCUCAUCAACCAAUUCAGCCAGCACUUCAAGUUCCACAACUGCAACCACAAAGUCAAGUAUCUGUCCAAAUGUCUGCUCCCCAAGUACAACCUGCAGCACAUACACCAGCUCCUACUCCAGUUGGUAAUCAGCAAUUUGCUAAUACCUCUACUCAGGCAAUGACUCAUCAUGUGCCGCCACAUGUACAAGCCCAACCUCCACAACAGCAACAACAUGCACAUCUGCAAGCUUUACCUCCACAGCAAAAUCUUCAAUCUCAGAUGCAGCUAAACUCUCAAGCCCAGCUUGAAACUCCACAAGUGCAGCAGCAAUCUUACCCACAACCACAGGCCUAUGCUCAGCAAACACAUCAUAUGCAUCCACAGAAUGCUUCAUACCCGCAGCAGCAGAUGCCACAUGGUGCUCUAUUGCAACAACCUGUACAUGCAUCCCACCAACAAGCACAUGUUUCUCAGCAUCCUGCACUGAUGCGCCUUCCAUUGCCAGGUCAACAGCCAGGUAUGCUGCCUCCUCAGGGAGUCCAGCAUGCAACACAAAAUCAACAGAAUAUUGGGUACUAUGCGCAGUGGCCGCCUAUGCAUUCCAAUAUCCCUUGCCAGGCACCACAGCAAGGAUUGCCUCCACACUCAUCUGUUACCUCACAAUCAGUUCAACCAUACCAGCAAGGAAUGCCCUUAUCACAACAGCAGGUGCAUUCUCAACCUGGUCAGCCUUAUACACAACAGCAUGUUCCUGGCAAUACUGGGCAUCAUGUUCAAACUUCAGCUGGCAGACCCACAAGUCAUCUUGCACCGCCACAGCAAUUUCAACAUCAACAGUUAACAACGCAUAGAACUGAGUCGCCUGCUGCUGGAAAACCUAUUGGGCAGGGUUCUUUAGAUCUUGAAACACAUGCUUCAAAAUCAGGGAAGUCAGAAAACACAAGUAAUGCUGCUGAUAAUACUGCUGUUAGCGAAAAUAAAAUUAAUGGUGCUGAAUCAGCUGUCAUGAGACCUACAACGUCGCAGUCAUUUGGUGAUGAAAACAUGAAUAGACAGAGUUUUGGUAGUGUUAGAAAAGAUGUAGGGCAAACUGGUAUUGCAUCACACGGUGUAGAUGGUUCAAUUGGUAGGGAUGGAAUUUCGGACCGGGUAGGCAAUUUUCAUGGUCCAGUUAUGCAGGGAGGUAAAGACCAUAAGGCUUCAGAUGCAUCUACUAAUCAUGGGAAGGGAGGAUCAUUUAAGCAGAUUUCACAGAAAAAUGCAGGGCCACUGGGCUCUUAUGUGCCCCCAGGCAUGGGACCACAGAAUCCAUCUGGACCAGAUAGAAUGCUUCCUCAGCACAUGAUGCCUCCUGGUCAUAAGCAUGGUUUCUCUGAAAAUAUUCGGCCUCCAUUGCAGCAACCGUAUGGUUUGUUUCAUUCUGGAAUGACACCAAGGCCAUUGGGAGAGAACCAGAUUCAGAUGCCAAUGUCACAGCCUGGGGGUAUCGAUGGUAUGAUUCGGCCGAACAUGGUUGGCCCAUUAGCUGGUCAUCAUGACGCAAUGCUGCCUCCUUUUGUUGAAAAUUUGGGCCAUCCACCUGUAAGUGGAAGGGCUUUACAUGAAGAGGUGUUCAACACUUCAGGGGAACAUCUCAGGUCACGUGCAGCAUAUCCUGGUAGACAUGACAAUAUGGAAGAUUGUCUAAAGCAAUUUCCAGGGCCAGCCCAUCUGGAUGGUCAGGGCCUGCAAAGUGGUCCUAGACCUUUUGAGAGAGGUUUAGGUAGACCUGAUGGUUUCCUUGAUUCAUUACCAGGGAGGCCUCCAUUUCCAAACCCGAGAGGUCCAUUUCCUGUAGGAUUGCAUGAGGAUUUUUCAAGGAAACCAAAUGCUACUGUUAGUCACCCUGCACAUGGUGCCGAAUUUGAUCAUCACAGGACUGACGGAAUGCCUAUUUUCAGAAACCCAGGUCCAUUACAAGGGAUGAGUGGUGGUCCUCAUGGUCCUCGAAAAGAACAGCUUGGAUCUGGUACCCUUCCUGGGAAUUUGCAGCAUUCUUUUGGGGGUCCAGAGUUCCCUCCUACUCGUUUCAACCCUGGUGAUUCUUUUCCUUCCACAAACCUAUGUGUUGCUGGUUGGGUGUGGGGAACCCUAUGGACAUGGCCAUUGCAUUUAACUGAAUCUUCUAGCCACCAUUUUGCAGGUCACAUGCAUCCAGGUGAUCCUAAUCUUGUUGCUGACUAUGAUCAUCAUGGAUUUCCUACAGAAUCAGCACACUUUGGUUUGGCUGGACCCUUUAUAAACAGGAAUGUUGGUUGGUGCAGAAUAUGCAUGUUUAACUGUGGGAGUGCAGAGAACUUGGAUCUGCAUGUACAAACAAUGGAACAUCAGCAAUGUGCGAUGGACAUCGUCCUGAAAAUGAAGCAAGAUGUUGCAAAGAGGCAAAAGCUGAAUUAUGGGGGUGCCAAGUCAUUCCACAACAAAAAGGUAGCUGGGAAGGGGCACUUUCGUGGAAAUAGGCGUUAGCUGGUUCAGCGCUUGAUGUGAUUUUGAAGGUUGCUGCUGAUGCUUAUGGACGUUUUAAAGGCAAAUGAGGAUUGAGAUCUCUUCAGACUUGUUGUCCAUGCAGUUCAGCACAUUUGAAGUGGAACUUGUAAUGGUCCCAAACUUUUGUUGCCAUGUUGGUCUGUAGAGUUCACAUGCCUUUAUGGUUUCUGUGGUUACCAUUUUGGAUGUUCUGGGAAUGGUUAAGUUGCUAGUAUCUUUUACUCUGCUAUAUGUGUGAUAAUAUAUGACUACUGUGUCUUUCAACUAGACUCUGGUUUCAAUGAUGGCAACUUCAUACUAGUACACCACACUGAAAAUUUUGCAAAAAGAUUGGUAAAUGAAUUAAUUUUCAGACAACCAUAAAAUGGUAGUUUUUUGUUGAAAAUUUUUGGUAAGGGGCUUAUGGAAAAUGGUUUCUAGUGGUUCCAUUGCCUGAAAUUUUGACUAGUUUUGCAUAGAUUAGAUCCCAAAACCUGAAUCAUAUAAUUUUAAGGAUUGAAUGCUGUAUACUGUCGUAAUGAAUUACUUAUCACGGAAUCAGCUAUGUUGCCAAAAAAAAGGAGGACAAUCUGCUCCAAUCCUGGUUAAAACGUGGACUAGAGCUAUUGACAUGUCUAUGUCAUUGCACAACAAUAAUAUAGCUGCCCCAAGCAUUAGUCUCAUUGAAUUUGUUACUUAAUUCUUUUUGCCCAUGAGGGCAUCCCUUAGUGUUAAAGGGACGCUUAGAAGGGUGGAAGGAAAUACAAAUAUGAAGAGGUUUGAGCUGGGACUAGUAGCUUAAAUGUUAGCCUGGUAGGGGUGGGAGACCUGUAAGAGAGAAUCGAUGUCUGAUUGAAAUCAAAUUCGGAACCAAAAAUUGCACAUGCAGUUGUAAUGUUCUUAAAAGAGAGGAUAUAAAAAAAUGCUUGGUUUUCAUAUGAAUCCUGGCGAGUGAAUCAUGUAUGCAGAGCUUAUCCAUACUAAUGCUGGAGUUGUUGUGUCCCCUUCUAGUUAGUUGCUUAGUUCCUGGUGGUAGUGAUGGUUUUGGGUUCAUAUGAAUCCUGGCGAGUGAAUCAUGUUUUGGUUUUGAAUCAUGUAUUAUGGUUUUGGGUUCAGAAUGGGAUCUGACUAGAAUCCUAUGGACACUAAAUGCUAUGGGUGAAAUACUUAAGUUUGUAAUUCACUCCAGCAGGACACAUGGCUUGUUCAGUUAUGUUUGAUGUGAUUGUUCACAUGUGAUAUUUUUUUCCUUCUGGUGGCCUCUUUUUCUAGAUCGUUUCUUCCGUGGCGAUCAUUAAAUCAUUUGUCUUUGCUGUUUGUUUGCUAAGCAGAAACUGGAAAGUGUAGGAUAAUUUCCAGCCGAGGGGUCUUCUGUCAUACUUGCAUGCUUUCCUAAUGAUGGUUACGAUGGCAUGGUUUCCUAACGAUGGUAAGGAUGACAUGCUUUGAUAAUGAUGGUAAGGAAAGAUAUGUAUUGAGCUUUUGUUACAAUGCACUUUGAACUUUCGACAAGAGUUUUCUGUUGUAGAUUAUGGCUGAAGUACUUAAGCCAGUCUAUUGCCUGUCAUUUAUUGGACAUUAAUGGCUGCACUUUAUGUACUUGUGUGAGGCCAUCAUGAACUGCUAUGCUUGUAUGAUUUAUAUUAAAAUAUGCUCAUUCCAUGUAAGGAGUGACACUAGGACUUGCUUAAACUUAUUUAAUGAGAUUGCCAUUUUGUUCUAGUGUGUCCCAGUGUAUCAUUUGAUCACUUUCCAGCCUUUAGUUAGCUUGCCUGAUAGUAUUGGCCAUAGAAGAUUUCCCCCCAAACAAAGUUGCUUGGAAUCAAUUUUUCCAAACUCAGGUUGCUUUGGAUUAAACUUGUUAUAAAUUUUCUUCAUGUGCUUAUGGGUUUUAUCCAAACUACUCAGUAGGUAGCCCACACGUGCAUCUUCUUUGACAUACUUUACUGUGAUUUCAUAGAAGUGUAGUCGGACUUUAAGGUUAUUUAGCAAGUUGAUUGUAGUGCUCAGAACUGAAAGCUUAAGGUUAUUUAGCAAGUUGAUUGUAUUGCUCAUAACAACUUAGAGCUUUCUACUCUAUACUAUACUUGAUUGUAGCUGCUAUUAGUUUGGAUAUCAUCAAGCUAUUGAAAAGGCCCCAUCCUUUCCCUUUUGCCGCAUGCAUAAUUUGGUGAUCAGCUGUCUGCAAAUGAAUUGGCCAGAGAUUUACUCCCUCUGUACAAAGUUACACGGCAUAUUUUGCUUUGCACAAAGACCAAGAAUUCUUUAAGAUGGCUCCACUAGUACACUACCCCACAUUACUAUGAAAAAGGCUGAUUAGAUGUGGUUGAUUACCAUGAUAACUUGGCAAUCGGCACGCUGAACUCUGGGUUAACCAAUGUUUUGGUAUUACAGAAUGGUGAGUGAAAUUCGAAAACCUGGCUGCCACAUUUGAACUAAAAGAUUGGUCUGUUAUAAUCCUUGAGUUUGAAGUUGAUGCAUAUUUGAUCUUUUGGGUGUAGACUAGAACUAAAAAGAAAACUAGUGGUAACCACUGGUAUAGACUUAGAGCUAAAUACAAGCAUUUUUUGUAGUAGAUAUUCUAAGGAGGUUUAGAAGGCAUGAAGUUGGGAGGGUACCCACUACCCACCCGUUUUGCCACAAUCCAGUCGAUACCACUGGUUUUCUUGAACCUGGGCCUCCCUCCUGUUUAGAUUUGAACUGUAGGAUGGUUGGGUGCUGGUGCCAUUUCUCACUAGUGCCAACAGUAUUAAGGAAUAAUGUAUGUUGAAACGUUAUUGUAUCAAUUGGGUAGUUACUAUUAACCUGUAGGACAAUUAUUAUCCACUGAAUUCUAUGUACUAAUAACAAUAGACAACUUGGUGAUCUUGUUUGUUGUUCCAUAUCAAUAUAGAUCUAUGUUUCUUUGGCAUCUAUUUUGUUUUGUGUUACUUUGGGAUUCUUGUAGUAACUCAACUGAUGCGGAUGGAUGUGCCUGCGUACCCACUGCGUUGCAACUGACUGCGCCUUUGCUCAUUUUCUGCCUGCAUCCGAUGUUUUUGACGCCACUGCACGUCAUAUUCCGGAUGCUGACUUUUUUUUAUGUAAAAUGCUGUGUUUUGAACGCCCAACUAUGUAAACAUUUUUUUAAUGGAUUAAAACUUUCUUUCUGAUGAAGUGCGCCUACUAAUUAAUGUACCUGCUGAUGUAAAAGGAUAUUCUUGUAAUGUAUUCUUAAACAUUUCUCAA